AUGAAGACUGGAUUUUCAGUAUCUCAUGGUCUGCAUUUGGAUAUUACAAACCACUUGAAAUGUGGGAAAUAUAAGGAAAGCCUAGUAGCAGCAGGAACUACCUUAAAUGUAGUAUUAUCUUUAAAGAUUGGAGAACCUGAAAAGGCUGCCUCUUGUGCAUAUACUUUUCUGAUUCAUAAUCCUGGCCAUGAAGUUAUGCAGACUAAUCUCCAGUAUUAUAUGACCCUGCCUAAUAUCAACGUUGAAAAAAUAAAGUAUUUAGAGCCAAAGGAUUACCAGGAUCUGUUUCUGAAAGGUGCUCAGCUCUAUUCAGAAAGUAAAUUUAUUGAGUCUAUUGAAGUAAUGGAGUUAUCUUUAAAAGAAUAUUUAUCAGCAGAAGAAGAUUGUCGAUUUCAGUGUGAAGGCCCUAUGCUUGAAUCUUCCAAAGAAGAACUCUUUGUUGCUAUCACUAAUCAUUUUACAUAUGCUUUGCGAUGUAAUUUGAAUUGCCCUAGAAAACUUGCGUACAUGUAUGGACAUGUACAUGAGGAUUUACUAGCAAGCCAUUAUCACUAUCUACAGUUCAGCUAUUAUAAAAUACAGAAACUGAAAGAAACUUGUGAAGCUGUUGAAUCUUUUUUAUUAUUCCAUCCUGAUGAUAAAACGAUGCUGUCUAAUAAAAACUUCUAUUCUAAACAAACUGAGGUGUCUCAAGAAUGGUUCUCUCCUAGGAAGGAAGCUGUGGAAUACAUUAACCGAUAUAAGAAAGAAAAGGAUUUUCUAAGGUUCAUUGAAACUAAUUUUCAGUUUGAUGCUCAGGUUUCCCUUUUGUCUCCCUUACCACCACCUGGAUCCAAGACUCAUAUUACUGAUAAACCUAAGCACGGUAAAAAAAGAAAGAAAUUAUCAGAGGUUGAUUCUAAACAGUGGUUUGAAAAAGCUGGUAUUAUGUCAUACCUGAAUGAAAACAAUUUGAAUGGAACCAACAGAGUUGCUUUCACAAAUCUUGCAAGUAAAGAAGAGUGCCAGCAGUUAAUGGACUUGGCCCUGGAAGGAGGUGUGCAUGGAGAUGGGUAUAAUGGUAGAGAAUCUCCCCAUACAGAAUUUGAAAUGUUUGAGGGUUUAACUGUCGCCAGAGCUGCAACAUUAUCCCAACGUGGCAUUCUAAAUCCUUUAGCUGCUUUUCUGUUUUUAAACAUCAGUGAGAAAGCUCGUCAAGCUGUGGAAUUAUUCUUUGAUUUAGAUACAGAACUCUUUUUUGCAUACACUCAUCUUGUAUGCCGUACUGCCUUACCUGAUUCACCAGGUAAUCGGAGUGACUUAAGUCAUCCUAUUCAUGCAGAUAACUGUGUUCUUAGACCAGAUGGAGAGUGCCUUAAAGAAAAACCAGCUUACACAUGGCGAGAUUACAGUGCCAUUCUUUAUUUAAAUGAAGAUUUUGAAGGUGGAGAAUUUAUAUUUGCUAAGGACAAAAACAAUAUACAGGCAAUGAUAAAACCCAAAUGUGGCUUAACUGUAGCAUUUUCAGCGGGAGAAGAAAAUUUGCAUGGUGUUAAAGCAGUGAAAAAAGGCCGCAGGUGUGCCUUAGCUAUGUGGUACACUUUGGAUUCAAGGUAUAGAGAAAAAGAGCGAGACUUUGCAAAUGCAGUCUUAGCAGAUUUAUGGAUGAAAAGGAAGUUAUCAAGUCGGUCUUCUUCGGACAGUUAUGAAAAAUCUACUUUGUACAAGUUUGCUGAAGAUGCAAAGCAUAUUCUUCACGAACACUCUGAAUUAUAACAUUUAUUUCAUUUUUAUAUGUUUAAAUAACAUUUAUGUACAGUGUUUUAGCUUUUUAUUAACUUCCAGAGAUUAUUUAUAAUCUUUUUUAAAGCUUUUAGUCUAUGUAGAACAGUUGUUUAGCAGUUUUGUUUUUGUUAUUGUUAGAAAUUUUAUUUUUUGUGAAAUUUAAGUGUUAUUUAUUUCUAUUAUGAUUUUAGUUUAUAUUUUGCAGUUAAUAUAUUAGUUUAUUUUAAUUUCUAUUCAGUUAUUUGAUUCAUCUCUUCAGUCAUUAAAUAUGUUCAGUCGCAAUAGUAUUUUACCAAAAGCUCUUACCUAUAUUUUCAGAAAUUAGCUGAAAUGCAAUCAUAUUUAAUGUAAAAUUCAGAACGAUUCAAGAGGAUUCAGAAUGAUUCAUCCAAUUACAGAUGAUUAAACUUUUUAAGUUCUUCAAAGUGAUUAACAAUGCAUCAAACAGCAGAAGAAAUGUCCGUAUUGUACAUCUCAUAUUAUGAGGUAUGCCUUUGUAGGUCUACAAGAGAAUGACUGAGGUAAUAUCAAAAAAAUAAGUCACUUAUUCCACAGAAAUCAUAGUGAUAGAGUUCCUCCAGGAUUCUGGCAUCUAUUUUUCUAUACAUCAUUUGGAUUUUGGCUCUCUCAGGAUUUUUGUAAAUUUUACAUCAUUUGAUCAGUAUGUAUCUGCUUAGACUGCAAAUUAUACUUUGAGGAUUCAUACUUAGUGUGCUAUGUUUUAAUAUGCAAGUCUGUAAAAGUUACUUCUUAUUUUAAUAAACAAGACAGUUUUUAUUGUAUUGUAAAUUUAGUUUUCAUUACUAGUUUUGAGUACAGGAUUUUUAUUACUGGUUUUCAAGGUUUGUGUUUCACAUCUCUGUGCUUCUUUUCAUUAUUUGUUUUAGAUUUUGCAGAUAUAUAUUAUUGUAAACUGAAAAUUUUUUGUAUGUCUAAAGGAAGAUUUUCUUAUCAUAAGAAUAAUUGAUUUUAUAAGACCCUAAGAGACUACAAGGUUUGAUCAAAGUAUAUUGCAAGUGCCAAAUUGCUGCCAUACAUAAUUUUAGUGUGAGCAAAUUUAAAUUUGAAUUAAAGGAAUGUCUUUUGUUCUUCAUAGCGUUAAAUGUGAUUACAUAAUGUAGGAAAAAAUUUAUGAAAGAUUAGCAGAAAAUUUAUUUUUGACACAUUAUACAUAUAUUGAACAAAUGCAAAGGAAAUAUUCUCUUCGUGUUUUAAAAUAAUUUAAACGAAUAUAAUUGGAAAAAAGAACCUGGGAAUAAAGAGAAUAGAAACUUGAAGUUAUGCUUAAAGAUCUGAAGAACCUGGGAAUAAAGAGAAUAGAAACUUGGAAGUUAUGCUUAAAGAUCUGAAAGUAGUUAUUUUUUAUUUGCAACUGCUGAAAAAUAUUCAUUAUUGAAAUGAAUUAUGUCCAAAGUGGCAUUGGUAAUUAUUUAAAAAUGUAUAUAAAAGUGUUCUUAAAGCUUGAAAUCAUUCUGAAUAAAUCUUGAAUCUAUCUUUAUGAAAUUAAUGGGCAAACUGAGUGAAUAUAGAUGGUAGCCCAUCUGUAAAAGACUGAACUAUGUACACAAAUUAGGAAAUUUAAUUAUGAAGGAAGGGAUGAGUUUAAGAUGCCAAUAGGCAGUUAAAAUUGUUCUUAAGAAACAAAUUCUCCCUUUUAAUAUUAAUCUUUGAAAUGGGAUUUCCGAAAAUCCUGAUUCUUUUUUGAAAAAUUUUAUGAAAUAGCUAAGAAUUUAAGUGUAGUGAUAUGAGUCAUUUGUAUAAAUGCAGUGAAAUUAUACAAAUCUUCAUGCUAAGUAUAAUCCUAUACACAUUUGAAUUUCUUUAAUGAUUUUGAAUAGUUAGACUGAAAACUCAAAAAUGAACAUUAUUGAAUCUUGUGAGUUUCUUAGCUGAAAAGGCUAACAAAAUUACUGGGGUUUUUAGUAAAAUUUUGGUAAUCUAAAAGUAUUUAUUUCCUUUCAGAGAACCAAUAAUCUCAACAAAAAUGACAACUUAUAUACGGUUUGGAAAAUAUGUGAGAUAAAAGCACUUAAUUUCCAUUAUUCUAUAUAUCACAAUAUUUUAUUGAUUAAAAUAUAGUUUGACUAUCUUGAUAAUUUUUACUAAUAUAAUUAUUUUUUCCAUCUUAUGAUGUAUAUGUACAAUAUGUAUAACAUUCAAUCAGUAAAUGGGUAAAUUUACCCCCAUUGUACUUAAAUUUCUUUUGUGUGUGUUGUAAUUUUUCUAAGGAAUAUCUGAAUGUGUUUCUAAGAUGUUUAAACAAAAAUCUAAAAUACGAAAUUCUGUUAUAUUUUGCUAUCUACUUUAGUAUUUCUCUUCUUUUCUGUCUUUCUCACCCCCUCUCUCUUUUUUUUUUUUUAUUUUUUUUUUUUUUUUUUUAUUUUUUUAUUAAUUGUAAUUUUAAUGUACUAACUGCGAUAUCUUGAGAAUUAUUUUAAAUUGGUUGUAAAUAUAAACUUUUGCAUAAAGAAUAACAUGUGGUUGGCAAUUUUUACUGUAAUUGUGUUUUUCAAGUCAUGCAGAUGCAAGUAUGGAAGAGUAGUAUAUUUUUAUUGGAGGCAAUAUUUUGCACGAAUGAUCCAGAAGUAUUUUAAUAUAUUAAUGCACUGCCCAUUUUUUAUAUAUUGGAUUUUAUUAAUUAAAUAAGCUAAGCUCAGAAUACAAGAAGUAUUUGCUACUGAAUGUUACAAUAUGUGUAACUGCAUUAAAACUACGAAACUGCAUAAUUGCUGUUUUGAGAAACAUGCAAUAAAUAAUUUGGCAUGCAUUUGUUUUUGGGAGAUAUUUUAUCGUGUGCUUUAUAUAAUUCAUCUUCUAUGUGUACAUCUCUCUUUUAGUGCAGAGUGAAAUGCAGAAAAAUAACCUAGAAAUUUAAAGAAAAAUGUAAAUUUGUGAUUUUGGUAUAGUGCUGGCUAUGUGUUCGUAUUCAUUGCACACAUUCAAUUCUAGGUGCUAAAAUGUCAGUUACUAUAUUUGUACAAGAGUGGUGGAUUUCCACUGUAUUUGCAAAUGGUAUGCAUUUAAAUGCUAAUAAUUAUUGCAUAUAAAAUGGCAAAAAUACUCUUCUGUUAAUAAAAUUAUAAUAUGUUUUGCUUUAACCCUUUCCGGCACGCUACCUUUUAAAGUUGGAAUUUUGAUAAUAAAAAAAAAAAAAAAAAAAGGUAAGCAGUUUAAUUAAGCCUAGAGGAGAGUACACAAAUAAAAUUUUGUAAAGAUAGCACUUGUCGUUUUAGUUCUGUGGGUGUGUCAGGCACACCCACAUAAUUAAAACGAUUAAAUAGAGCUUCAAAAAGAGUGCUGAAACGAGCAUUGCUGGAAGGCGUGUAAAAGAGUAAGAGAUUUUGCCUAUGAUUAAAAAACACUAGAUUCUGAAUACCAUAGCAGAUUUAGCAUUACCUAGGGUGUGCCAUAGGGAGAUCUGCUACACUACAACCCUUUAAAAAGCUUAUUUUGGGUUAUAUGAUGAUUACAUGCUUAUGAAUGGGGGGAAGUAACUUGGGUAUAUGAUAGUUACAUUAUUUACAUUUCAUAUUUACACUUUAGUCUUUUUUUUUUUUUUUUUUUUUUUUUUUCAUAAUGGUACUUUUUGAAGAAAAUGACACCACCUUUGAAAAAGCACAACCCAAUAUUGCAUGUUUUGCACAUCUGCUGGGAUCCGUAUCAGAUUUACUAUCUGAAAACAAUUCGUGUAGCACUUUCAGUGCUUUUAGAAAUGGUCAGCCCUCUCUGAUCGUUUGGAAAAUAAUUAAAAAUCUGAAAAAAAUUAACUAAUAUUAUAUCUGCAAUUUGAAAUUAUAAACUAUAAAAUAAAAAUAUAAAUGUCUACAACUCAAAACUAUUAAACGUAGAAAAACUUUGAACCAAAGCAAAAGAGAAAGAGAGAGCUGCUCUAGUGAAAAAACCAAACAGCUAACUGAUAAAAUUAUCCCUGACCUUCAGAAAAUCACCCCAACAACUUCUUAGUUGAUAACCAAACCUCCCCUCCAAAAAAAGGGGGAAGAAAAAAGAGAAAAACAGGAAAUAAAACACAGAUGUGGACCCAUCUUUCUUUCUGUGUUAAUGAGCUGACUGAUGAGAUGCAGAGAAACAAAGAUACAUCUGCCUCUCAGUGACCUAAACUCGCAAUAAGCCCAGUCUGGGAAACCUUGGUUCGCCAUGGGAUUUUAGGCAAGAUUUCAAGGUAAAAAUUGUAAAAUAAUAUGGAAUAAGGAGAUUAGCAUACAACCAAAAAAAUAACUUAGAAAUUUCGUUUCAAACAAUUCUGCCCUAAAAAAAAGUCUGGAAGAUUUCUGUGAAAAAUGAGGGUCUUAAAAAACUAAACAUGGCUAAAAUAUAUGGACUGGUUUGUGUUGGGCUGCCAUCUGCUAUAAAUAAAGAAGGUUCAGAGUAACCUUCAAAUCCUUUUUCAUUCAAUU